AUGCCCCGGCCAAGCACAGGAUGUUCGCUGUGCCGCCAGCGCCAUGUCAAGUGCGAUGAAACUAAGCCUGAGUGCAACCGAUGCAUCCGGCUCGGGCGACAAUGUCCAGGCUACCGAGAUACCUGCGGCAUCAUCAUCCAAGAUGUUACGGCGAGAAUCAAUGCCAAGUACCAGCGCCGGCAGACCUCUGAUCGUGGACCAACGACGUUAGCUACGAUCCCUAGCGCGAUCCCGGACAAUCGCCUUGCCUCGAGCGUGACCUUUCUGUUCGCCGAUGCUGGACCAACAUCGGCUCUGAACUCGGCUGUCACUUUCGCAGCCGUGCGGGCAGCUCGCUUGCACUUUGGGGACCAGAUGAUCAAGCCUGCAUCCGUGAUAGAGCGCGGAUCCAAAGCCUUGCAAGCCAUGCAGACUGCAAUUUCAGACCCAACAGAAUGCGUUCGCGACGGAACACUUCUCGCUGUUCUGUGCCUGGACCUCGCGGAGCAUUUUGCGAGCAGGUCCGACACCGAGGGCGCUUCUCGCGCCCAUGUUGAAGGGGCUUUGCUUUUGAUACAACAUCGCCGGCCAGAUUCAUUUGCAAAUCCCGUCUCGGCCUCCCUGAUAACUGGAGCAUCAAGCAACGUUCUCUUAUCCGCUCUUUGGUCGAACGGCGAAACCGAGACCAGAGAUGCAGUAGCGAUUCUGCCGGAUGUCGAUGUUUCGAGCCAGGGAGCAUGCUCGACCACGAAUCCCCCCCCCAUGAGUAUUCAACCCGUGUGCUCGCUGUCCAAGACGUUGGUGACUGCUCAAGAGUUGGACUCCGAUAUGGACUGGUGGCUUCAGGCUUUGCCUCCAGAAUGGCUACGGCUUCUCGACCAGCCUAGAAGUCCCUCGUCACUCGUGGCGGCAACACACAGCGAUGCCGACUCGAGUCUCCUCGAAAUGACCUUUAUCCUCGCUCAGUGGCAUUGCACAAAGCUGAUAACAUUGAGGCUGCUCUAUGCGGCAGUAAUUAGCCAGUGUCCAGGGUUCCCCAACACAGACAUCGUCUGCAAGGAAGUGCUGGAAAGAACUAAAUCUACAGCAAACAGCCUUUGCAAUCUGGUAUCUAUCAUUGCCGAGACAGGUCCACUAGCCCCUUCAAGGGUUUAUCGGAUGGAGCGAGGCCUAAGCGGACUCGUGCCUGUCAAGCCGGGCGAGGCGGUGGACUGGAGGGGCGGUGCCAUGGACGGCAAACACUGCUGUUUGAACAUCCUGCGCUGGGUAUUGGGCAUCUUUGUUGAUGAGAAAGAUUCAGUCCCGGGUUUCCAGACAGACCAAUGCGCGUUGGACUAUUUCACGGAGGCGAUGCGAGUCGUGCAAAAUGCCUUCUCCAGCUAA